CACCAAUCAUAUUGCUCAAAGCCGUACUCGAAACAAUGGCGGAAAAUUUGAGAAACGCAGUCCAUAUUCAAAUUUAGAUGAUAAAAUAAAGCGGUGUUUCAUAAACAGACGGAAUGGCAAGUGAAGGCAGCACACCUGUUAACCUGGACGAUUGUUUGUCAAAAGGCAAGAAACUACCAUUGAAACGAGUGAAGAAGAAAAGCGAACUCAAUAUAUCAAAAGGAAAAUUGAAAUCCAUCUCAAAGCAGCAUAAUUUUAGCUUCUUAAAUGCUUCUGUGCAAAAGCAAACAUUGCGGGAAAAUAACCGGGCGCUGGCCCAGAGUCUUGCAAAGGCUCGUGAGGAGAUGCGGAACAUGCAUAAGGUUAACAAAGAUCUGCUGGCCCAGAACCAGGACCUGGUGAUCAAGGUCAAUCGCCUGAAACGGGUUGCAGGAAUGCGAGAUGAUGAAAUUGAGACAGAAUUGCAAAAGAGGAACAAGCAAAUGAUGCAGUCCCUUAAGAAGCUUUGUGAGGAUGCAUCCCGCAGCAUGAUGCAGUCCAGUGAGUCCCUCAACAGCAUCUACGACGUGUGUGUGGAGCAGAGCAGGCGUAGUACAGGAAUAGGGGAGGGGCGUGGAUCAUCUAUGGGGGCAGGAGAGGACAGGCAGGCAUCUGCUAAUGGCGGGGAGGAGGGGCCUGUCUCGUCAACAGCCGGAGAGGAUGGGCCGGGCCUGUCCAUGAGAGACGCAGUGCUGGUAAAAGAUGCUGUACAGUCAGGUCCUAGGAGGAAAGUGUUCCAAUCAGAUUGCGCCAGGCCCCUAGCAGAUCUCCCUGUGAAGUCUAGCUCAGUGUUCAAUUCUGGCGUGUCAGACAUUUCCAUGAUCUUGGAGCAGUCAGUCUUGGAUGAUGGCAUGACAGACGGACUAGAAUAUGUUGCUGUACCCCUGGAACCAGUGAAGGAGGUCCACAUUGACACAAGCCUUGUUGUACCAUCAGAGUCCAUCCACACACAGAAGUCACAAGUGUUGUCAAAACUUCCCCAGAGGGUUGCAAAAGGUGGAUCUGCAGUCGCAGAAAAUAACGAGAAACCUGACACAGCAAAGAAAGGAGCCUGUGAAAAACCUGACUUUGAAAAAGAAACUGUCCAAGUUAAGAGUAAGAGUAAAUCAGAUAAAACAUCCAAAGAGAAAAGCAAAGGUUCAAAAAGCACUGAAAUUAAGAAAAAUGAGAAAGUUUCCAAGACAAAUGCAGUUGUUUCAAAAAAUACCAAACAGGUUGAUGACAUUUUGCCUGAAAAAGUGGUAAAUGUUGAUGCUGACUCAGAAACUGACAUCAGUUUAUUUGGGUUUGGCAGAAAUUUUGCUUCCGAGCUUGUUUCGGGAUCACCAAUUAUCAGUAACAAAAUCGAGGACAAGUCAGUUCCUGCAACCAAGUCAAAAAGUGAAACUAUGAACAAACAUUCUGACAAACAAUCAAAUGAAAAAUUGCGUAGAGAAACCUUUGUUUUACCACAGCCUGGUGCUGCAGUUAUACAAGAGAUGGAAGUGCAGUCUUCAAAAGAUAAAAGCAAAGAUAGCCUGAAGCAAAAACCUUUUGAAACAAGCAAACCGACUCAGAAAUUAUCUCAAUCAGCAUUAUCAUCAUCAUUGUCUAGAAUUGACAAGAAAAUGCCUUCUUCAUCAAAGGAACAGAAAACUCCAGAAAAAUCUAAACCAGUAGCUGUUAUUCAAGAGCAAACUUAUAGUGCAGUAUCUAAUCCUUUUAAACCUACCAAAUGCUUAUUAAGGAGCCCACCACCUGUGCCUUACCAGAAAACCAGCGAAGAACCUUCUAUCGAUAGCAGGGCCUUUAUCGCUUCAUUGAGACAAUCUUCUGAAACAGCUUUCCAGAGGUCACCAUUGCCGGAGCCUCGUUUCUCACAUGAGCCAACCAUGAUCUUUAAUUCUGAUAUGGAAUUUACAGAAAUUUUUGAUUCAAGUAAACUACCAAGCUUUAAUAAAUCUGAUAAAGUAAGUCCAAAUAUUCCAGAGUCCAUCCCAGAAUAUUCUAAUACAUUAGCCAAAUCAGUGCAAGAUCUAACUAACAAGGAAGUCUCUAAUGCUAAAGACAUGGAGAGUCAUGAGUUUCUGAAGCCAUCUAGCAAACAUAUACCUAAAGCUGCAAAAGAAAAACCUUCAAAAAGCAAAACAUCUAAGCCUGAUGAGGAAGUCACAGUUGUGGAUACAUUGGAUGGACCAUCAGUGGAGGUCCGAAGUAAGAAACCGGGUGUCUUCACAUUUAAUGUCGGUAGGAAAGAAGCGGAUGGCACAAGGAAAGCUGUGCCAGAAGAAACAACAAGCAGGGCUAGAUCAAAGAAGGCAAAAGCGGUAAUGUCAGAAAAGACUGAAGAGAGAAGGACUGGUGAGGAUCGAGACAUGUUUAACUUUGGCGACCGUAGUCCAACAAUUCCCUUGGACAAACUUGUGAAACCAGUGACCAAGAGCGUGUAUGACCUCUCCAUUAAUGAAUCAGUGGUGCAGACGGGCAGUCUCCAUUCUUUAAGGGAUAAUAAGAAGACUCCAGCUCUUCCUGAGGCAAAGCCUGAUGAAUGUAUCUACUAUUUACCGAUGCCAAAAGGCAGUCCAGAAGAUAAACCAGCUGCCUCUAAGUCUCGUUCACGCUCCAAAUCUAACACACGAUCUAAGUCAAAAACACGACACAAAUCAGGAGAAAAUGACGAGGAUGAUGACUGGGUGCCAGGAAAAUCAAGAGCUCGUGCACGUUCUGCAAGUAGAUCAAGGAAAACUUUUGAUGUGAAUGAACCAGUGGCACCUAGAAGGGGUAGAUCCAGAUCCAGAGUAAGAAAGUCUAGUGAAUCUUUAGCGGCAGAUAAAAACAAUGCAGAUGAAGAAAGGGAUGAGAUAGAAAAAGAUGACAGCAAGAAAGAAGUUGAGGGUGAGAGAGGUCGCUCCAGAUCUCAAGCAAGAAAACCAGAUCUUGAUGACGGUUGUAAAAAUUCUAACCCAGAUGAAGUAAUCCGAGAUGAGAUAGAAAAAGAUGACAGCAAGAAAGAAGUUGAGGGUAGGAAAGGUCGCUCUAAAUCUCGAGCAAGAAAACCAGAUCUUGAUGAUGAUUGUAAAAAGUCUAACUCAGAAGAAGUAAUCUGCUCUAAGUCUAGACCUGGAAAAAAUGCUAAAGAGGAUGAGAUUGACAUUGAUGCUGAUGAAUUAGAAGUGACACAGCUGGAAAGAAAAAGCAGGUCAAAGUCUAUUCAGAAAAGGAAAACAUAUGUACUUGAUAAUGUUGAAGAAGACAAAAAAGAGAGGACCCUAAAUAAUAAGCUUGUUGCAGAAUCACCUGAUGUUAAGAAGAGUCAACAAACUAGAGUAAAGUCAAUCGUUGUUGUUAAUUCUGAUAAUGAAAGUUCUGGGUCAGACAACAGUGAUAAGAGAGCUAUAGCGGAAACUUUUUGUAUAGGUGACAGUGAUUCUGAUAAUGUGGAGGAAGCAACUUUAAGUAAAGCAACACAACCCGCUUGUAAGAAAUCUGUUACCAAAAAAGUGCUGAUGGUAGAAAGCGAAACUGAAAGUGAAGCAAAGAGCUCAGUCGCAAAUGAAAAAUCCAGGGAAAUUGAAGAGUUGAGUAUUCGAGUGCCAGAUAAUUUCAUCACCAAAAGCAGGGCUAGAAGGUCAAAACGCCUUAGUAGCAUUGACCCUGACCCAGUUGAUGACCAUGGCUUGGAAGUAUUGGAAAAUCUGAUCGCUGAUGAAAAAAAGGUUUCUGCAGUGAAAGAAAGUGAGUGCAAUCAGGGAAAAAUUAGUCGAACUGUGAGAAAAAGUAGGAGCAAAGUGUCGUACGCUGUUGAUAGCCUCAAUGAUGAGGAUGAGGAUGAAUCCAAGUCACCGACUCCAAAGAAGAAGUUGAAGUCAGCAAAGAAGUCAGUGAAGAAAAAGAAGGGAGAAGCAGACACCAGUGCUGAUGUGAAGAAGUCUAAAGCCAAACUGCAGCUUGAAGAUGAGGAUACUGAAGACUCCAAAAAAAGUGUUCCCUUGAAGACACCGGCCAUGUGUGAGGAUACAGUAGCCUCCAAGAAGGGUGCUACAAAGUCCUCCAGGAAAGGCAAGAGCACCAGCAAGCGGCCACCUAAUCAAAACUCGGCUGGGGUGGACGAGGGGACACCAAAGGCUAAGAAGUCAAAGGCCAGUGCAGAUAACCCCACUGAGUCUGAAAUAGCUGUGCUAAAGAAGAGGCUCACGAUGAUAAUGAACUCAAAGAAUGCUAGUACCCUGGACAGGAAGAAUGAAGCCCCUUUAAAGGUAGCUGAUUUGGACAGGACUGUAGAGGAGAACCCAGUUCUUCAGGACCUGAAAAUGGAACCAAUCCACGAUGAUGAUGAUGACAGUGAUCGGAAGCAUCGAAGGAACAGGAAUCCAGUGAGCUAUGUGCCCAAACCUCUGAAUUUAAAACUUCGGCAGGGGGAUCAGAUGUUUGUAGAAAAUGGGAAUUCAAACAAAGUGAAGGCCGAGAUCUCGAGACUAGCGAUUGCUCGUAAGACUUGUGUCCCCAAAGUGAGCAGAGACGACAAGGAGAAUGUGGAUCAGACGAAAACCAAGUAGAAUGGAACACUAUGUUGUGAUGCACUGAACAAUAGCAUGGCUGCAGACAAAAACCAAGCAGACAAAAACCUUAUGUUAGGAUAUUCUUAAAAAAUUAAGUAUUAUAAGUGGAUUGGAAACUUAUUUAUAGAUAUGAUAAUUUUAAGGUAUAAGACUACAACUAAUUAAAAGAAUGGUUUCCAAAUGGUGACAGUAAGAUUUAGCAAAGUAGCCAGGAGUGUGGUGGGGUGAUGCUGAACCCUGCCAGGGUACCUUGAAACAAGCUAAGUGGUAGUGAGAUCUAAGUGGUAGUGAGAUCUAAGUGGUAGUGACACCUAAGUGGUAGUGACAGCAGACAUCUACGAGGCAAACAGCCAGAAAGAUGAAUGGUAUGAAAUGCUGAUAUAAUUGACACAACAUAAACUGAGUAAGUGCAAUGGUACAUAUUGUAUACAUGACAAAGUUCGUAAGUUCAGAAUCUCAAUGAUACUUUAGGUUGAAUCUGUGUAUGAAAACAGCCAUGCAGCAUGAGUCACAUGGCAAGCGAAGAAGCCUUGAAAGUCUUAAUGUCCUGAGCAAGUUUAUGACUCGUGGAACAAUAACUUAGCCCAGCAUGGGUGAACCAUGUUGCAAUUGUAGGACCACCCAUAGACAAAUUGCCUUAUGCACUAGUCUGGGGAUUUGUAUGUUUCUUUCUUUAAGGUUUAAGUGCAUUACCUUUAUUAUCAUUUUAGGUAGAUUUUAAUCUUAAUAAAUAACGUACAUACACUUCA